AGUCUGUAGCCGCUAACCAAUUUCUCCGUAAGCCAUCUGUGUUUGCUUGGUGAUUUGCAGAAAACAGCAACAUAACAACAGAGUUCAGACACUAGUCCGCAUGCAAUGGGUCUUUUAACUGAAGGGUCCCCUUUAACCUGGGAAGAAACUAAAAAGUACGCGGAUCACGUCAGGAAGCAUGGAAUUUUACAGUUUAUAAAAUUAUACCAUCGUUUAAAAGACAGACAAAACGAUUGUUUAAAAUGGGGUGAUGAGAUUGAAUACAUGAUCAUAAAGUUUAAUCAUCAAAAUCGAACUGCUAAGGUAUGUUUGAAAGCAGAAAGAUUACUUUCUGUGUUGCAAGAAAAAGAGAAGGAAAAUUUUGGUGAUGUGAAAGCAUUGUGGAGGCCAGAAUUUGGAGCUUAUAUGAUCGAAGGUACUCCUGGGAAGCCAUAUGGUGCUCUUUCAUCAUGUUUCAAUGUUGUUGAAGCUAAUAUGAGAGCAAGGAGAGACGAAGUGGUUGAACUUCUUGAAAAUGAUGAAAGUUUAUUAUGUCUAACUAGUUUCCCACGCCUAGGUUGUGCAGGUUUUACUGAUCCCCCAGUGAAAACAGAUCCUAAAGGAAGUGCCUUACGCUCCUUGUUUUUCCCCGAUCCUGUUGUAUAUGAAGGACAUCCUAGAUUUAAAACCUUAGCUCGUAAUAUAAGACAGAGAAGGAGUAAAAAGGUUGUAAUCAAUGUACCAAUUUAUAGGGACCAAAAGACUCCAGAUCCAUUUGUUGAAGAUUUGAGUGUACUAGGAGAUGAUGGGGAAGGGGCAGCUGCUGCUUUGCCCAAUCAUGUAUAUAUGGAUGCCAUGGGCUUUGGGAUGGGCUGCUGUUGCCUUCAAGUGACCUUUCAAGCUUGCAAUAUUAGUGAAGCCCGAACUUUAUAUGAUCAAUUAGCACCUGUUUGUCCCAUAGCUUUAGCAUUAAGUGCUGCAUCUCCUGUUCAUCGAGGUUACUUAACAGACAGGGAUUGCCGAUGGAGCAUUAUAGCUGCUUCAGUAGAUGACAGAACUGAUGAGGAACUAGGAAAAGAGCCUUUGAAGAAUAAUAGGUUUAAAAUUAGGAAAUCUCGAUAUGAUUCUAUAGACUCAUACCUAUCCCCAGCUGGUGAAAAAUUCAAUGACAUUGAUUUAGUCUAUGAUGAAGAAUUGUAUAAUACACUAAGAGAAGCAGAUAUUGAUCAUUUGUUGUCACAGCACAUAGCUCAUCUUUUUAUAAGGGAUCCAAUAUCCUUAUUUUCUGAAAAGAUUAACCAAAAUGAUGAUGAAGAUACUGAUCAUUUUGAGAAUAUCCAAUCAACCAAUUGGCAGACUAUGAGAUUCAAACCUCCUCCUCCAAAUAGCAGCAUUGGAUGGCGAGUAGAAUUUCGCUCAAUGGAGGUGCAACUAACAGAAUUUGAAAAUGCAGCAUAUGUUGUUUUUAUAGUUCUUCUUACAAGGGUUAUUCUUACUUACCAGUUGAAUUUUCUUAUUCCAAUAUCAAAGGUGGAUGAAAAUCUAGCUAAAGCUCAGAAAAGGGAUGCUAUCUUAACUGAAAAAUUUUGGUUUCGUAAGGAUCUAACUACAUGCGAAAGUCCACCCGAGGCAACUGCUUAUAUGGCUGAAUGUUGCUGCCCUGCUGAAUGUCAGUACACUGAAAUGACAAUUAAUGAAAUUAUCAAUGGAAAGGGAAACGAAUUCCCUGGAUUAGUACCUCUGAUUCAGAAGUUCUUAACCAGCAUGGAUAUAGAUGUGGACACACAAUGCUCCAUUCAGCAGUAUUUGCAGUUGAUCAGGAUGAGAGCAAAAGGAGAACUUAUGACAACUGCUCGUUGGAUUCGAGAUUUUGUAUCAAAGCAUCCCAGUUACAAUUUUGAUUCUGUUGUUAAUGAAGGCAUCAAUUAUGACUUACUUUCAAAGAUGGAUAAAAUAACUCAAGGAAAAGAAAGUUGUCCUGAGCUAUUAGGAAAGCCUGUAUCAAGAACCAAUGAUCACAUACCUAAUGCUAUAUCUAAGGCAGAAAAAAUAUAUUCCAAUACAAUUGUCAAUAAAAUCACAUAAGCGCACUACUUAACUUUCACAAUUAGAUUACAAGAUCUGCUAUUUGUUAUGCUAUGUGAAAACAACUUAACUAAAUAAAUAUGUAAAUAUAAGACAAAGAAUCAUUUCACUGUUAAUUUUACUUUUUUAUAUUCUGUGUAAGUUUCUUAACAUGUAAAGGUCUAAAUGGGUAACAUAUAUAAAUAAACUUGCUUUGCAUCUCG